GACCUUACAGAAUCAAAAUUUCAAAUGAUCAACAUUUGAGCUGUAUUUUAUGUGAUCGUGUUCCCAAAGUUUCCAACUACUCACCUGCUACAGUACAUUGGGACUGAACAAGUAGUCUUACUAGGGUUUAGAGUCAGUCAACACUGCUGAAGUCAUCAUAACUGUGAAACAUCUAAUAGACUUUGCAGAACUAAACUGGAUAAUCUGUCAGUGUUCUCAACGUAUCCCAAUAUUAUACAUUGGGACUGACUAAGAAGUCAUAUUCAAGACUCUGGAAUCAGCCAGCAGGUGUAAAGUUGUCCUUGUAGAGCUUCACUGAGCAAGACCUAUAUCAUCUGCACUGUAUAUGUGUGCCUCUUUGAGUAACUCCGCAUACAGCCAUGGGAAAUGCAGCUGGGAGUUUGGAGAUGUCACCCGUACGGGAUAUUAAACGGCCCCUCAGCACUUAUGGGCAAAAACCGCCAGCGGCUCCUAAACUGCCUCAACCGUCUGAAGAGGAACUAGAGGAGAGGUUCAGCAUUGUUUUGAACUCCAUGAAUCUUCCACCUGAUAAAGUGAUGCUGCUCAGUCAGUACGACAGUGAGAAGAAAUGGGAGUUGGUCUGUGAUCAGGAGCGCUUUCAAGUGAAGAAUCCUCCAUCAGCCUACAUUCAGAAACUAAAGAGCGUAUUAGAGCAGGGAGGAGGCAGAAAGUUUAAGAGGCGAGUCCAAGAAUCCACCCAAGUUCUUAGAGAAUUGGAGAUCUCUCUGCGCACCAAUCACAUCGGGUGGGCUGAGGAGUUUCUAAACGAAGAAAACAAGGGCUUGGAUGUACUAGUGGACUACCUCUCAUUUGCUCAACGUGCAGUCAUAUAUGAUAUGGACAGCAGCUCUGAAAAUGGAAGCUUUGAGGAGAAAUCAGUGGAAGAUCUGACCACGAGUGCGACAAACUCGCCCACCCACAAUUCCCCUCGCUCAGCACGGCCCUUCACCACACGGAAAGCUCUGCGGUAUUCACGUGUGCUCAGUCAGAAUAAUCACCUGCACCUCUGUAUCAUGUGUUUGCGCGCCAUCAUGAACUACCAGUUAGGGUUUAACCAGGUUACGGCUCAUCCCAGCUGUGUCAAUGAAAUCACUCUCAGUCUCAACAACAGGAGUGCAAGGACUAAAGCUCUGGUUCUGGAGCUGCUUGCUGCUGUGUGUUUGGUUCGAGGAGGACAUGAAAUGAUUCUUGCAGCCUUUAAUAAUUUCCGAGAGGUGUGUGGGGAGAAAGACAGAUUCGAGAAACUGAUGGAGUAUUUCAGAAAUGAAGAAAGCAACAUUGAUUUCAUGGUGGCUUGUAUGCAGUUUAUCAACAUUGUAGUGCACUCAGUAGAGGACAUGAACUUCAGGGUGUUUUUACAGUACGAGUUCACACAGCUCGGGCUCGACAGCUAUCUAGAGAAGUUAAACGUGACUGAGAGCGAGAGGCUGCAGAUUCAGAUUCAGGCGUAUCUGGAUAAUGUGUUUGAUGUGGGAGCGAUGCUUGAGGACGCAGAGGCCAAAAACACAAUAAUGGAGCAUCUAGAGGAGCUACAGGAACAAAACUCACAGCUGAACACUAGACUGCAGCAGUGUGAGACUGAAGCUGUGGAGAAAACAACUGACCUCGAAAAACAACUCAUUCACAGCAGCAAACAGGUGGAGCUGCUCAAGGAGAGUUUGAAGGAGGCUCAGACUCAGCUCCAGCAGCUCCAGCUCCAGCAGCAGAAGGACAGACAGACGCUCAGUGAGACCCAACAGCACACACGCACAGACAGACAGCAGACACAGAUGCAGAUGGAGAAGAUGCUGCAGCUGCUGGUGGAGCGAGGGCUGAUCCGGAUGGAGAGAUCUGCUUCAGGAGCUCUGGAUCUACACAUUAUAGCAGCUGCCAACACACCAGAUAAGUGCUCAAAAGAGACCUCACCUGUGCCACAGUCUCCACCCCCUCCUCCAGUCCCCGCCCCUCCACCACCUCCUCCUCCGCCCCCUCUGGCUUUAGCUCCACCCACUUCACCUUUUAUUGGCAGGACAGGAACCAUCAAGACAGGUGUAAAAGGUAAGCAGCCAAUCAAGACCAAGUAUCGUAUGCCGCUGCUGAACUGGCAGGCUUUGAUGGAGGAGCAGGUAGCAGGAACCGUCUUCACAGAGCUUGAUGACCAGACGGUGCUUCAGGAGCUGAACAUGGACGUGUUCGAGGAGCUGUUCAAAACCAAAGCUCAGUCGGCUCCAGUGGACGUGGGCACUCUGAAGGUGAAGGUGGCUCAGAAAGCAUCUAGUAAAAUCUCACUACUGGAGCCCAACAGGGCCAAAAACCUGGCCAUCACUUUGAGGAAAGCAGGAAUGAGCACCGCACAGAUCUGCACUGCCAUACAGACGUAUAAUCUGGAGCUGCUGAAAUCUGACUUUCUGGAGCUGCUGGAGCGUUUCGUUCCGUCUGACUAUGAGCUGAAGCUGAUUCAGAAUUACGAGCGCUCGGGACGCCCCCUGCUGGAGCUGUCGGAAGAGGACCGCUUCAUGAUGGCCUUCAGCAAAAUCCCUCGCCUGACGCAGAGAAUCAGCACACUCACAUUCAUGGGCAGCUUCAGCGAGAGCGUCCUCAUCCUCAAACCUCAACUGAACGCCGUCAUCACUGCAUCCAAAUCCAUCAGAUCCUCCAGCAAACUCAAGAAGAUCCUGGAGAUCAUUCUAGCGUUUGGGAAUUACAUGAACAGCGGGAAGAGAGGAUCUGCAUACGGAUUCAGACUCCAAAGCCUGGAUCUGCUCCUGGACAUGAAGUCUACAGACCGCAAACAGACGCUCCUGCAUUUCAUCGUCAGCAUCAUUCAAGACAAAUACCCUCAGCUCAGCAACUUCCACAGCGAACUGCAUUUUCUGGAUAAAGCAGCACUCGUGUCUCUGGACAGCGUGCUGUCAGACGUGUGCUCUCUGCAGAAGGGGAUGGAUGUGGUGUGUAAAGAGCUGGAGCAGCAGCAGGACAGCAGCGUCCUCACACACUUCAUCCGCACUAACAGAGGCCUGCUGGAAACACUCAUCAAGGACAGCACAACAGCACAGGAAGCCUAUCAGUCUGUGGUGGAGUAUUUCGGAGAGAAUCCCAAAUCCACCCCUCCGUCCGCCUUCUUCCCCGUCUUCACACGCUUCAUUAAAGCAUACAAGCUGUGUGAACAGGAGAUUGAUCAACGCAGGAAGACACUCUCUGAGAGUGAAGAAACUGCAGAUCUACGGUUCUCUGAUGCUCCGGUGCACAGGCAGAAGCCGCUGCGUUUACCUCAGCUGGAUCUGAUCUCGGAGCUCAAGCGCAGACAGAUGUCGCCGCUGGUGCGAGAGGGAAAAGACGGAGCUAUCGAGGACAUCAUCACAGAUCUGAGAAAUCAGCCGUACAUCAGAGCAGACGGAGGACGAAGAAGCGCCAAGUGGAAACCAGCUCAACAACUGCCUGUGUCCACAGACAUCUCUCUCUGAAACACACACACACACACACUUGUAUAUGUGGUUUACGAGGACUCUCCAUAAGCGAAAUGUAUUUUAUACUUGUUAUAUUACAUUUUAAAUAUCAAAAGAACGCAGUAAGUAUCAUUUAAAGCGUUUGGAUUACGAGGACCAGGCUUCCCACUCUUUCAUGGGCACCAAAUACAGGGACUUUUUAAAUCACUAAUCAUUUUAAAUCUUAAUUCACACCCCCAGCAUAUAUAGUGCCAUGAAAGUCCUUCCUGCACUUCACAUUUCACUUACUCUUAAUGUUUAUAUUGAAAUACAUAUGUUUUGAGUGUGUCAUUUUCAAAAAUGUUUACCGUUUUAAUGUUGGCCGUCACCUUCAAAGAACCUUAAUACACUAGCUGAAUUCAAUACUGGUAAUAUUUAA